ACGUUUCUUUGACUCGUAGUAGUUGAUCCUAGCUGGACAAAAAAUCACACACAACUAAAUUUGAACCAGAGAAGAAAAUACAGCGAUUGAUUCUCAAAGAAAGUAGUAGUAGUAGUAGAUUUAGUAUUAUCAGUGUUACUAAAAUCUAGGGUUUCUUCUUUGAUCCUCCACCGAAAAGUGAGAAGAUAAAGACUGCGAAUCGACAUUACCACCACAUUAUAUAUGGUUAUAUUUUCCCAGCGAGGCUCCAACUGGCAAGAGGAAAAUCAGUUUAAAUGGGAGUAAUCUCGUUGGACAGUGAUUGGAAUUUUUCAAAAGCAUAUAAGACUCGGCGCCAUAGUGAUGUUUUUUCGUAUGUUACUUGAUGCUAGAGGAGUGGUCUCACAGUCUAAAUAAGUCAAGGGUAUAAUGUUAACUAGUCUGGAUGACUUUUAAUGUUUGCUAUUCUUGCAAUCAGUAAUGCAUCCAGUGCUGAAUAAAUCUCAUCUCUGCUGGUGCAUUUUAUGGGGGCAUCUUCUUAUAUCCAUGCAAUUUGUUAGUCUGGGACAGUGUAGGAGUGAAGGAAUUAAAUUAGGAACUUUUACAGAUGAGUAUUUUGAAUCAGUUUUAAGCAAUGAAUACAGAAGAGGCAUUCCCAAUUAUAUUAAAACAUCAGCUUCUUUAUCAUCACCGAAUGAUUCAGUUUCUUUAUCAUCACCGAAUGAUUCAGUUUCUUGUGAGAAGGAUCUGAAAGGUGUUGGAUCGUUCAACACAACUUGCGUGAUUAAUUUAAACUUGCAUUUGGAUCAUGAUAUCUAUAUAUUUGGAACGGGCAAUCUAGAGAUACGCCCACACGUAUCAAUUGUUUGUGCCGUUGAAGGAUGUUCAAUUAGUUUCAAUUUAUCAGGAAGCAUUGAAGUGGGUCAGUAUGCAAGUCUAGUUGCUGGGUCUGUAACUCUUUCUGCUGCCAAUUUGACUCUGCAUAGUGAUACAUUCAUUAACACAUCUGCUUUGGGUGGACCACCACCUACUCAGACUAGUGGCACUCCAUAUGGCACUACUGGAGCUGGUGGAGGGCACGGAGGCCGAGGUGCAUCCUGUAAGGAAAGUAAUACGACAAAUCUUUGGGGUGGGGAUGUUUACGCGUGGUCUACUCUCAAUGAUCCUUGGAGUUACGGUAGUAAGGGAGGUAGUACAUCAGCUGUGAAGAUGUUAGGAGGAAAUGGAGGAGGAAGGAUCAAACUCUUUGCAAAGGAUGUACUGUAUCUGAAUGGAUCUGUCACUGCAGAAGGAGGCGUAGGAGGUCCUAAAGGUGGAGGGGGGUCAGGCGGAAGUAUCAAAAUUCACGCUUUAAAGAUGAAAGGAACUGGUGCCAUAAGUGCAGCAGGUGGCAAGGGAUGGGGAGGAGGUGGGGGCGGAAGAAUAUCAUUGGAAUGCUACAGUAUACAAGGAGGCAUAAAGGUCACCGUCCAUGGUGGAGAGAGUAUUGGCUGUCCUGGGAAUGCUGGUGCAGCAGGUACAAUAUUUGAUGCAACUCUUCAGAGUCUGCGAGUUAGUAACGACAAUGUUACUACACGAACAGAAACUCCUUUGCUGGAUUUUCCUACAAGAUCACUUUGGUCCAAUGUUUUUGUGGAGAACAAUGCAAAAGUUUUAGUUCCUCUUCUUUGGAGCAGAAUGCAGGUAAGAGGCCAAAUCAGUAUACUGUAUGGGGCCAGUAUCAGCUUUGGGUUGUCCGACUUUCCAGUCUCUGAAUUUGAACUUGUUGCAGAAGAACUUCUGAUGAGUGACUCCAUCAUUGAGGUGUAUGGUGCAUUCAGAAUUGCUGUCAAAAUGUUACUGAUGUGGAAUUCUAAAGUUCAAAUUGAUGGCGGUGGGUAUCAGAGUGUUGCAACAUCUGUUCUUGAAGUCAGAAAUCUAGUGGUUCUCAGGGAAAACUCCGUCAUUAUUACAAAUGGAAACUUGGCUGUUUACGGUCAAGGACUUCUGCGGUUAACUGGUCGCGGUGAUGCAAUUAAAGGCCAGCGACUUUUCUUGUCUCUAUUUUAUAAUAUAACUGUUGGCCCAGGUUCCUUAAUUCAGGCACCACUGGAUGGUAAAGAUAGUCGGAAUCUGGCAACUAAAGCACAUUGUGAGAGUCAGACUUGCCCUUUGGAUUUGAUAAAUCCCCCUGAAGAUUGCCAUCUUAAUGAUACGUUAUCUUUUUCGCUUCAAAUAUGUCGAGUUGAGGACCUUACCGUCAGUGGCAUCAUGAAGGGAAGUAUUCUGCAUAUCAGGACAAAGACUGUUAUCAUCGACCCAGGUGGCAUGAUAAGCGCCUCAGAAAAUGGCUGCGAAGAAGGAAUUGGUAAAGGAAAUUAUUCAAAUGGAGCUGGAGGCGGUGCUGGUCAUGGGGGAGAAGGGGGAUCAGGUUUUUCACAAGGUAUGGUAAGAGGUGGUAAGGCAUACGGUAAUGCUGAACUUCCAUGUGAGCUAGGAAGUGGAAGUGGUAGCCUUAUCGGGUCAUCUGGAAACAUUGUCGGAGGUGGAAUGAUAGUGAUGGGUUCUCCUCAAUGGCCACUCGCGAGGCUAGAUAUUUCUGGAUCUUUAAAAGCUGAUGGUCAAAGCUAUAGUGAAGCAAAAAAAAACAGUAAUAUCACUUUGAGUGAUGGACUUGGUGGCGGUUCUGGUGGGACAAUUCUUCUUUUCCUUCAAGAGCUGACGCUAGGAGAUAAUUCGUCCCUAUCUGUUGCUGGUGGCAACGGCGGUCCUGCUGGUGGAGGUGGUGGUGGUGGUGGGAGAGUUCAUUUUCACUGGUCUAGGAUAGCUCAAGGUGAUGAAUAUGUCCCACUUGCAACUUUAAAUGGUACAAUCAACAAUAGCGGUGGCACUGGGAAAAACCGUGGUCGCCAUGGACAAUAUGGCACUAUAACAGGAAAGAAGUGUCCCAAAGGGCUUUAUGGUACAUUCUGCAAUGAAUGUCCUGUUGGUACGUACAAAGAUGUUGAUGGUGCUGAUGAAGGUCUCUGUUCUCCUUGCCCUUUAGAACUGCUUCCUCAACGUGCUGAUUUUAUUUAUAUACGGGGAGGAGUGGCUAAACCUUUCUGUCCAUAUAAAUGUAUGUCCGAGAAAUACAGGAUGCCGAAUUGUUACACCCCUCUUGAGGAGCUUAUAUAUACAUUUGGAGGGCCGUGGCCUUUUGCAAUUCUUCUAUCAUUCAUUAUAGUGAUAUUCGCUAUUCUGUUAAGUACUAUAAGAAUUAAAUUGGUCGGAUCAGGUUAUGCUUAUCGUGCAGUAGAUUCCAGUGAGCAUCACAACCGUCAUCAUUUUCCUCUCCUACUGUCCUUGGCAGAGGUACGUGGGACCAGCAGAGCAGAAGAAACUCAUAGCCACGUGCAUAGAAUGCACUUUAUGGGUCCAAAUACAUUUAGAGAACCAUGGCAUCUACCAUACUCUCCCCCUGAAGCCAUUAUUGAGAUUGUGUAUGAAGACGCCUUCAACAGAUUCAUUGAUGAAAUAAACUCUGUCGCUGCUUAUGAGUGGUGGGAAGGUUCAGUGCACAGCAUACUUUCAGUGCUUGCUUAUCCUUGUGCGUGGUCUUGGAAGCAGUGGCGUCGGCGAAAUAAGAUUCAUCGCCUUCAGGAAUAUGUCAAAUCAGAGUAUGACCAUUCAUGUCUCCAGUCAUGCAGAUCUCGUGCUCUUUACAAAGGGAUGAAGGUUGGAGCUACGCCGGACUUAAUGGUUGCUUACAUUGAUUUCUUCCUUGGUGGCGAUGAAAAAAGAUUAGACGUGCCCUCUGUACAACAGAGAUUUCCCAUCUGUAUCAUCUUUGGUGGGGAUGGAAGCUAUAUGUCACCGUACAAUCUUCACAGUGACACGUUGUUAACCAACCUUCUGAGCGAGCAUGUUCCCGCAACUAUCUGGGACCGUUUUGUUGCUGGUUUGAACGCUCAACUAAGGACAGUGAGGCAAAGUUCCAUUCGUUCUUCUUUAGUUCCUGUUUUUGAUUGGAUUAAUACUCAUGCAAACCCGAAACUAGAGCAUCAUGGAGUUAGAAUGCAGCUGGGUUGGUUCCAAGCAACAGCUUCCGGUUAUUACCAAUUGGGUGUCCUGAUAGCAGUCGGUGAUUACUCUGUCCACAACUUGCACCGUUCUAAUUCCUUAGGUGGAAGUACCAGUGCUCAACCCAGAAUAAUUGCAAAAUCUGCACUUAAAAGCAUUAAGCAGUUGCAGCAAAGUCUUCCAUACACUGGCCAUGUGUUGUCUCGCCAAAGAAUAACGGGGGGGUCAAAUGGAGGGGUUAUAGAUGCUUCAACAAUAAAAUCCUUAGACUACAAAAGAGAUUUCUUGUUCCCAUUUUCUCUUUUUCUUCACAACACCAGACCAAUCGGUCUCCAGGAUGGACUGCAACUCUUAAUCUCUAUCAUGCUUUUGGGAGAUCUUGCUAUAACUCUCCUUACAUUGAUUCACUUUUACUGGAUGUCUCUUGGAGCCUUUCUUGCAUUCUUGCUAAUUCUUCCACUAUCUUUACUUUCUCCUUUCCCCGCGGGUUUGAAUGCUCUAUUCAGUCAAGGACCUAAAAGAGCCUCACUUGCUCGUGUCUAUGCAUUAUGGAAUGCUUCCUCUCUUUCAAAUAUCGUUGUGGCUUUCAUUUGUGGUGUCUUGCAUUAUGGUCUUCUUCCGUUAACCAAGAAGAGUAACGCGUGGAACGGUAGAAGAGAAGAUGACAGAUGGUGGAUUUUACCGACAAUUCUUCUUUUGAUAAAGUCAAUACAAGCUCGUUUCAUUGAUAGACACAUAGCAAAUCUAGAGAUUCAAGAUCCUUCUCUUUUCAGUCAAGAUCCUGAGAGUUUUUGGGGCCAUGAUAAUGAGACAUUCUCGUGAUAUAGUACAAAGAAUUGGAAAAGGUUUUCGGAAUUUUGUAUAAUCUAAUGAAUCAUCAGUAGGAAGGUGCGAGAGAUUAUAUUUUCUAUCCCUCCCCUCCUCACUGUAAAUAUAUCUGUUUAGUGUUGUAAAGAGAAGUGUAUUUUCUGCUGUUCAGUAAGUUCUUUUGUUCAGUUUGUAUUAGUAGUUAGUCGGACAGCACCUACGGGAACUUAAUGAAGUUGAUUAUUUGAUGGGAAAAGAAAAAGUGAGUUGUCUACUGCUCCAUGCAUCCGGAAGAAAGAAAAUAGGAGGUUGUUCAUUGUUGUAGAGAAUUUAGUCUUCUGGUCGCAGUCAACAUUGUAGAUCUGUCGUCUGUGUAUUAGUUAUAUUAAUUAAUCACAUUUGCAACUUGCAAGUAA